AUGAAUGAAAGGGAAUUAUUGCUUAAACAAUUAUAUCAACUAUCACUCGAAGAUCAGAAAUUAGACUCAGAAAUUACACGAUUGAAGAAUCAAAGGCUUCCUUUGAUCAAAAAUGUAACUAUGGGUCAAGAAUCUCUAGCAAGAUUAUCGAAAGAUUAUUUAGAAAUCAAAAGCAAACGAUUUUCUCCUAAAAUUAUUCAACUUAGUCAAGAUUAUUCUGAAAUGCAAUCAAAAACUAACAUUCAACGACGCUUUAAUCUUGAUCAACAGCUUAUACAAGAAAAGCAGAAAAUAUUUAUUAGAAAACCAACCCAAUACACAUUAUUUAGUACUGUUCAUCCUCAAAAUAUUGAUUCAAAUUCCAAAAAAUUACUUAAAAAUUUCAGUACAAGCGAUCUCUCCAGUUUAGAAGCAUCUAUUGAUUCUCUUGAGAAUAAAAUUAGCAAAACACAGACAUCUUUAAAAGAAGUCAAUCAAAAACUCGAGACAGAACAAAACGCUACUAACAUUAUGAAUCAAGAAUGCGAAGUAUACAACAAACAUAUCGCUGAAAUACCAAAACUACAAGAAAAAAUACAAGAACUUGAAAAUUAUUGUUCGAAUGAAAAAGAACUUAUCCGAGAACAGAACUUGUUAAAUGCCAGACUAAAGGCAGCUACUAAUUAUCCUGAUGAAUUACCAGUCAACCCUCCAGAAAUAACAAAAACAACACAACAACUACAGAUUGAAGAACUUGAAUCAGAAAUCGAUGCUCUGAAGCAAGGAAUUCAGAAAUGCGAACAAAGUAAGUUACUAAUUUUAGAUUUAAUCAUUAAGGCUUCGAAACAUAAAUAA